CUGUAGUGUCGUGUGCCGUACCUCGCACUUGCGCACCCCGCUGGUACCUUAUCCUGACCUCAGUGGCCGUCUCUAUCGCUCCUAUACAAUCACUGAACUGGACCUGUCCUAUCGUUGUUGUACAUACGACGACGCUGUGAAUCUCGUCCUCACCUGUUCGCAAUGCCUCGAAGUCUCUCACGAGGCUGGAACACGAAGGCCCAUCGAGAACGUAACCACGUACUUUACUAGUAGUUGAUCACAAACAAUCACGCACACACUUUGUGGGACCGAUAGCCACCACCGCCACGACAAUCUCUAGUUCAUAACCUACCACGAUGCCUUCGAUCUUUCGUCCAGUGACUGCCUUUGCCCGCAAGGCUUUGAAGAUCAACAAGAACGCAGAGAAGAGCCUCGCACGGAAGCUAGACGCAGCAGAUCGUGCCCAUCCUCCGCCACGGUUCUCGAUCGAGGGGGACUAUGAAUAUAUUGACUAUACGGAGACGAGCCGCGACUAUCUCCACCAUCUUCUCGACAAGAUUGACGGUGAUGGCUUGUGGAAGUGCUGCCGAGGGCAUGAGCAGGAACUCAUCCACUGGAAGGGAGAACACCCUUUCAAACGCUUGAGGUGCAAUACCUGCGAGCACAUUCUCUGCCAUCGUUGCGAAAGUACGACCGUCUUGACGCGUAUGGAAGGAGACACCGUCUUACCCUACGAAUACCACGAAGUAUCCGGUCCAAUCUCCUACGGUCAGAUAUGUUCGAACUGCGGUUUAACCCAUCGAGCGCGAGGCGUGCAGAUCACCGUCGACACCGCCGCCAACGAACGAGUAUCGAACAUGACAUUCGCCAACGUCGUAUGCGUCUGCGGCCACCGUGCUGACAACACAUGGCUUCAUUUCUGGAUCGGGCCCAUCUACGAGUAUCGGCGCAACCCGCACGACGCAUUCGCGAGCCUAUCCCGCCAACGCGCCGAGAGUUCUGUUCGGAGACAGCAGGAAAGACUCGAGCAUGGCACACGGCGCGAGUCGCUGCCAUGCGGAUCUUCGUCUAGGGGUGACUCGUCUUCGAAUCUUAGCGGACCUCAUGCUCAGUGGAGUAUUAGCACGAGCAAUGUAUCCUCUCCGCCGAUGAGUAGACCGCCUUCUUCUCAACUCGGUCAGCCGCCUACCCCGUGGAUGACGGGGAGUUUCUCAUCUUGAUCAUGGGACUGCCAGUAUACUACCGAGCUACCUACCAUUUCAUGGAGAAUCCAUGUCCUCGAGUGCCUCGGCUUGAUUUAGUGGGCAGCAGCCGUC